CCGGCCGUAUAGGGCUAGGUCACCAACCAGUUGGGCUUUUCCAUUCCUCUUCUUCUUCAUAAAAACCCCUCACUUCUUCUUGACCUAAUUUGCUGCGCCGUUGAUUCUUCACUUCGAUCGGUAUCUACGCUGUUCUCAAGAAGGAGAAAAGAACUUCAAAUCAAGAAGAAAAAUGUCAGCUGAUGAAGGUGCAGUUGUUGUUGAGGCUCCGGCCCCAGCUCUUGGUGAGCCAAUGGACAUUGAGACUGCUUUGCAACUUGUUCUUAGAAAAUCAUUAGCUCAUGGUGGGCUUGUUCGAGGCCUGCAUGAGAGUGCCAAGGCAAUUGAGAAGCAUGCUGCUCAGCUCUGCGUCUUGGGAGAAGACUGCAACCAGCCAGAUUAUGUUAAGCUUGUCAAGGCACUUUGUGCGGAGCACGAUGUAAACUUGAUGACAGUUCCCAGUGCAAAGACCCUUGGCGAGUGGGCUGGUCUAUGCAAGAUUGAUUCUGAAGGAAAGGCUAGGAAGGUUGUCGGGUGCUCAUGUGUUGUAGUUAAGGACUUUGGGGAGGAUCACGAGGCACUUCACAUUGUCCAGAAGCACGUGAGUUCAAGUUGAUCAUCUCAAAUGUUGUUUGUUGGUGUGUCACUAAGAAAGUUUUUGAUCUUUAGUUAUGUUUAGGUUGGUUGGUUCCCUGUUGCUGUUGAACACGUUUCUUCUACCCUAUAAUGCUUUUCUUUGUUUUUAUUGAUUGGAAAGAUUUUGGGCAAACAGAACACAAGUUAUUUAUCAUGAGUCUCCUUGCCAAGGGUGAAAGGGAAUUGAAUUUUAUCAUCUGUUUAUGUUGAGUUACUAAGCUAUACCUAUUCUCGUUUCUGAAGAUUAAUGCAACAGUGUGUAGUAUAGUUUCUUUUC